CAGGGAGCUGAGAGCCCGCUACUAUUUACAGAGUCAUAGUGAUUGCCUCUUAGGUUCUCUUGCUCUACUAUGAACAUCGCUCUUUCCUGCAGGUCGCUUUGAACAGGGGAGAAAAAAGUAAAGAAAGAAGGCAUUGAGAGGGUGUGAAACAUGAAGAAGUCAACAUGUAACUCACAUGGACACAAACCUUCACCCCAGCAUGGUUGACGUUUUUCGAAUACAGUUGGUACCCAAUGCCCCUACUGCCUGUUUACCCUCCACACAGGACCUCCUGUCGCCUGAGGUGGCUCCCAUGUAAGGAAUGAACAAGGACGUCUAUUGACGCCUUAGUUGUAAAGCACCAGAGACAUGGCUGAUAGCAGGAAACAAUAGAGGACACUGGUCUAGCUGUCCAGUCAGAUGGGAUUUCACAAGUGACCACGUUCGCCGUGACGUCAAUCUGUGCCUGAAGACACGAGGCUGCCCCCUGGCGGCCAGUGGGGGCACUGCAGGUGUCCGCCAGGCGAGUGCGGGAGCUCUGCUUUCAGUCCUCGCUCCUCCUCCUCGUCUUCCUCAGAUCUCCCACCCUCGUCUCACGUAAUCCAGGCACGACUCAAGCCCAGCACCCCGGCCCUGAUAUCUCCGAGACCCCCGCGGCUUCCACACAAAGCCCUGACGUGACGAGAGGAUAUGUCGGCUGCCGGAUCGCGAUGUGGGGGAGCAUAAGGCUGCGCAUGGAGAAGUGAUCUGCCCGCUGUCCGUUACACAGGCCGCCCCGGUCUGGGAUCCGUACUGUGCCAGGAUCGCUGCCGAUCUCUGCCCCUGUGAUCCGCUGGGACGCCCCCCGCAGGUAUGUGGGGGAGGAUGGUCUCGGAUUACGGCUCUGGGUUCAACAGUCUCACCACAGGUGCAGAUUUCCCCCCGUCUGGGUGGCUUGCAAGUUCAUUGUGGCAUUCUUCCUCAGUUGCCCCACCCAGUGGCAAAAGUAGCCACGCACGGAGACACAGCAUUACAUCUGACAGUGGUGAUACCGGUAUAGGAACCUCUUGUUCGGACAGUCUGGAAGAUCACUCCACUUCCAGUGGUACAUCCACGUUUAAGCCAGUGAACCCACUGGUGUGUCUUCCAUCUGCCCAUGUCAUGCCCUCUACAGUCAGGUCGUCACUGCCCAGACACAGAGAGGACAAGCUGGAGACUUCCUGUUGGGAUAGCGGGUAUUCCUUGCCUGGGGCUGGUAGAACAUAUGGCCAUACUGACACUCCCCUUGACAUGAAGGACUCCAGGCCAAUGAAGAAGUGGUCAUCUCUUUCUAAGUUGAGCACACAGGAUGCUUGUGGUCAAGUGGACAAAGCCGGGUCAGGGCAUAGCCUUGAACGCAUGGGUCGAGAGAGUUCUCUGUCCCAGCAGUCACGAGCCUAUAGGCCAGCAUGUCUUCACUACAGCAUGGAAGCUCUUAAACUGGACGAUAAGGAGAUAGAUAAAAAAGAUCUGAUGGACAUAGACCUCAAAUAUAAGUACGACAGCUGCCGCAGUAGUGACUUUACUAGAUCUGCUCCACAAAAUAGGAGGCAUACCUUGGAUAUGACCUAUAGUGCCUUACCGGAAAGUAAGCCGUCUGCUAGUGACUCAUGUGUGCAAAAACACAGUUAUUUUGGGUACCAGGCUGGCACCCCUCUUCAGUCUUCAUUAAGAACUCAGAUGUGGCUUUCAGAUCAGCUCCAUGCAAACUCUCAGGACAGGCGAACUCCAGAGGAGGCCUGUUGUCUGUCUGCUUGGAAUCCAUUAGAACCUCUCCGUCAAGACACAGAGGUACUAACAGCUGCAACGACCCCUACAAGGCCAGCGUUUUCUACUGUGCCACUGAGCCAAGACGUCUCCAAGUGGGAGUCCCUGCUGAAGAUCAAAGAAGGGUUAAUACGACAGAAAGAGAUUGUAAUUGACAGGCAAAGACAGCAGAUCGGCCACCUACAACAAGCCAUCAGGGGCAGCGAGUUGCGCUCCCACCCAGCAUCCACAAGUCCUGUCAUGAAUGGAGAAGAUAGCUAUAUCCAUGGGAUCAAGGGAUCUCCAUGUGAAUGCUGUAAACCUCUGCAGAAUUUGGGUUUGGACAGAUUAAAUCCCCUCCUUCGAGACAGAGGUGAAUUAGAGGGAAAACUUUCUCCAGUAGAAGUGGGAGUUGCACCGCUCAAUGAGGUCUUAAAACACGGCCUUAUGAAACCCAGCGAAGACUUGAAGAAGAUGGAGGAGAAGAUAAAAACGAGAGACAAAUACAUUAACAGCCUGAGGAAGAAAUGUCAGAAAGAAAAUGAUCUGAACCGGGAGAAGCAGAGGCGGAUAGAGACUCUGGAGAAAUACGUGGCUGACCUGCCUACUCUUGAAGAUGUGCAGAGGCAGAGUGAAAGGCUUCAGGUAAUAGAAGAAGAAAACAAGCAGCUGAAAGACACCAUUAAGUGUCUAGAAAAACUCGCCAACGAGUCGAGGACACAGUUUCGAGAAAAAGAAGCACAGACAGAGUGUCAGAAACAGAGGGAAAAAGAACUGGUCUUAACAGUUCAAAGCUUACAGCAAAAAGUCCAAAAAUGUCUGGAGGAUGGCGUCCGACUCCCAAUGUUGGAUACAAAACAGCUACAGAGCGAGAAUGAACGGCUCCAAGAGCAAACAGAGCGUGCUAACAAGGUAAUAGACAAUCAGCAAAGUCAAAUUGACAGCAUGACUGCAGAAAUACAGGCCUUAAGAGAGAAAUUGUUUCAGCGGGGUUCAUGUGUUCUGGAGCUUGAGAAGAAGUUUGCAGAACAACCAGACUGUACAGAAAAGCUGCACACGAUUUCCUUGGAAAACAAGAAGUUAAAGGAAGAACACUUUUCAAUGUGCAAGCAGCUGGAGGAGUUACUGGUGUCCAGACAGCCACUGUCGGAGAAAAUGGCAGUGGCCGAGCAGUUGUUUAAGGAGAUGUCCCACUGUCUGUUUGACUUGAAAGCACUCUGCAGUAUUCUGAAUCAGCGCGUCCAGGGCAAGGAGCCCAAUCUUUCUCUGCUCCUGGGCAUACGUUCUGCCAGCUCCUGCUCUGAGGAGAGCGAAGCCAGCAGCCAUAGCACGGAGAGUCUGACCAAGAAACUGGCUGAUGCGUGGCAGCUCCGAAAAGACAUUGAUGAACUGCGGACGACACUGUCAGACUGCUAUGCUCAGGAUAUGGGUGAUAAUUGUAUUACCCAAUGAUUGACUGGGACUUUCUACUUUCACAUUAAAUGCUUCACCUCCAUUUCUGUCUGGGAACCAUAUUCUGGAACAUUACUAUGCAUAACACCGGAGGUGCUUUGUCUAGAUUUCACCACUGCUCUACACAAAUUAAGCUAGUCAUUUUAUGGAAUAUUCUACUCAUCCGGAAAAAUGAACUACUGAAUGACAAACCAGUGAAUGUAUAACAAACCUCUCUGGAUGUACGAAUGUCUAAGGUUGGAAAGUGAAGGCUGCAAUUUUGGUAUUCUGUAUUGAUCUUUGGCAUCUACUUCCAACCGGUUGGUGGUAGAACAUAUUCUCUCCAUUGCGAAAGUUCCCUGUAUAUCGACGGUAAUGUUACAUUUUCAGAGGAAUUGGCGAGGCAAGACUAGUCCAUUUAUAAAGCCACCAAAACGUGAAGAAAGCCAUUAUUUCUAAUGGAAGCUUUACCGUCCCAUUAAGCACACUCCAUUGAUGUUACAUUCUCAUGGUUUAAAAUCCUAAAAACUAAUUCUUUUCACUUCCAAGUCAUUUACAGCAGGGUCAAUAGGAUUUUUAUCUUGCUUGGCUGUGCAGUAAUCACAAUCUCGUACAACGGCCAGGGUGAUAACUUUUUUUUCUUUCUCAAUGGAAGGGUAGGGAAACAGCAGUUUGUGUGGUAUAACCAUAGAACAGAACAUUUCAGUGCACACUGUAGUGCAAUAACAUGGUGUACACUUUGGGGUUGGAAUACAGCAGGUCGGUGUUGCUCCUGGUUACAUUCACAUAUAACUCAUUAUUGGAUAUUAAAGCUAUAUCUGGUUGCUGUGUGGACGUAUUGUCAAGGGAAAACAGACAUACAGGAUCCACUUACUGUAGCCUGUUAUAUGAUUUGCUAGUUCUACUUUUUAUCUACCUUCCUACAUAUUGGUUAAUUCCUAUGGACACCUUCGGUAUCAUUUAUUUAUUGCAUUGCCUGAAAUGGGAAUAAAACCUUAUUCGCAAUUGGUUUUUAUAAAAAAAAUUUGCUCUGUUUUUAUCCCGCGGUCUGCAUGUUUCCUCAAACACUACAGGUUGCUUAGUCCCAGUCCAUGCAAAAUCCAUCAUUUGUGUUCUUUGACAGCUCAGUCUGUAGCUCCUCUCUCUCCUCUUCUGAAUGCUCAUAAAAUCCCUUUUGUUAAAGGCUACGUACACUUUUUUUUAUUAUUGCAUUGUACUCAUUUUUUCAAUUGGUCUUUAUUAAAAAUAUUGAGUCCUUUUCUCUGCACAGAGCUGAGAUGCUCUACUAGCCGAAUCUGAAUUUUUUCUCUGCUCCGUAAGACAGGGAGCUAACGGGCUCCUUAUCUCUCUGCUCUUUGAAAUUAAAAACACACAAUUCUUAUUUACUGUGGCUUAAACAAGUGUUUAUGACCUCAUAGUAAAUUACAUGACCCUCACAAAGUGAAAGUAGGAUUCACACAGCUAGAAAAACAGUUAACCCUUUGUGACAGAACAGCUCAAUAUUUUUAAUAAAGACCCAUUGAAAGAAUAAUAAUUUUUGGCCCAAAAUGAGUAAAAUGCAAUCAUAAAAAAAAUUGCCCCAAAAGGUGUACAUAGCCUUUAAGUUUAUUUUAUUUGGUUGUAAAUAUGUUGGGAGAGCAGAAGUAAUUGCUACGGACGGAGCCAUAAAACAGCUUGUAUGGUGAAUUUCACACUGAACGGGACAGAGCAGCUUGCAGUGUAUGAGAAUAUAUACAGGCUGCAUAAGACCAGUGGAGCAUAAUUUGUAAUAAAAAAACAAAUGCAAAUAUGUUUUUUUAUCCCGUAUUACAGCCAUUGCAAUAAAAGAAAUUGCAUCAAAUGUGUCUAUAGCCUUUAAAGGGGUUGUCCGGGAUCAAAACAUUUUUUACAAUAGAGUAUAGUGACAUCUAUUUUUAUGUGUGCGGUAACUUCCUGCCGCACUGCCUUCUGGGUCCCAGCGCAGAGCAGCAUCCUUUGGUUUCUGGUGUCUGUCUGCUCCUCCGUGCAUCCGCUCCCCUGAUUCUUAUGCCGCCUCCUGCCGCACAUAUUCCUCCCCAUUAGUUACGCCCCUAAACUCUGCCUCCUUCACUGCUAAAAAAGCACACUGCCCGGUAAUGUCACUGGACCAGAGCGGCGUGGCUUAGCGCAGUUUGAUGCCGCCUAGCUACCGCCCAUCUAUGCGCUGUGAAUAAUUACCUUGGAUGACGGUGACGUCACCGGGCUCCUUGCAAAGUGGAAGAAGAGGCUUCGCUCUGCAGAAAGGGACCCGGUACGUUACUGACUCUUAGAAGAACGGCAUUUCCGGCUGAGAUUUAGUGAAUUGCAAAAGGGGCAUCAGAAAUGUCUGUUAAAGGUAGGACAGGCAUGAAUGUAAUAUUUAGGGGACUGUUGUACACAUGUUGUACACAUCCCCAAUCCCGGACAACCCCUUUAAGUAAAGUAGAUAUUACAAAGCAGUGUCAGCUUGAUCAUACAUGGCAUGAGAGGAAUGGAUAUGAACUGACUGCAGGGGCUUGCACAGCAUAGGUAAUACUUAAUUUCACAGGCGUUUAGAGUAUUCAGACAAGUGAAUCUUUCCUGUGCGGUUGGUAGGGUGACAAUCCAGCAUGACCGUGUAAGACUACCCAGGUAGUCUUUCAUAUUUCACUGAAAUUACUUCUUAAUUUCUUCUGUCUGAAUAGUUUUUCUGUGCAAUAUGUGAUCAAGAUAAAACUGGGAGAAGUGACUGCAAUUUGUUUUUCUGAAAGGAAAUUCUGCACAUUAAGUAGGCAGCCUCCGCACAGAAAAUCUUUUGUGGUACUUGAGCUGAUUACAGUCAUAAGGGAGUGCUUUUGUCUUAUAAGAAAAAUACCUGCAACCAACUUCCUCUUAUCAACCACUGUGCAUGACUUUGUAUGUUUUCCAUCUGGUAUACUUGCUAUGUCGAUGCAUUGGAAUUUAGAUAUUGUUUUGGUUAGCCUGCCAUUCAUAUACACAGUAAACAAUGGAAUUUUUCAUACCACUUAUUAUAUACAUCCAAUUUGAGGUUAGUUAAGAAGUAGAUGUAUUAUAAUCUAAUAGGAUCUCGCUGUCGAACAAUAACUCUGCGCAGCCGCUUGCUAAGACAAUCAUAUGUGGACUAUUUAAAUACACAGUACCUAGUUCCACCAUUAGAUAUGGCACUGGCAUGUUAAGCUUUCUGACUGCGCCAUGUAUAGCUUAUGUAUACACUAGUGAAAUGAACAGGGGGGAUAAAUUAUUGAAAAAUAUCCUACAUUAUUCCUCCCCCCCCCCCCCCAUGCACUGUGUUAAGUCCGGACUCUGUGCACAUAUUACUGCACAUUGGCCAUAUAAUGGCUAAUGUUCUGGACAAAUGUACUCUGCACGAUGGGGGUUUUCAAUAAACCUUGUUGUGCCUCCCAAGUAUACCAAGAUAUACGGUAGACUGAGAACAACUGCGCCCAGCUUGCCUGCUGAAACAAAAGAUUAAUGCCUACCUGCUCCAGUCCUCCGUGCUGCCUCCACUGUCUCCCAUCUUCUGGUCCCUGCACUGCUUAUAUAUGUCCCUGCAUGAGCAUGGUCACAUGCACUGCUCCAGCCAAUGACUGGCUUCAGCAGGGGUGUGGCCACAAGCAGCAAGUCACCGCUGAAGCCAAUCAUUGGCUGGAGCGGUGCAUGUGACCAUGCCCAUAGCCAGAUGAAUGUGAACACUCUGGGGAGAGGAAGACAGAGACAGCGCAGAGGCCCGGAGCGAUGUGGAGCAGGUAAGUAUGAGUUUUCUGUUUCGGCAGGCUUCAGCAGGGGUGUGGCCACAAGCAGCAAGUCACCGCUGAAGCCAAUCAUUGGCUGGAGCGGUGCAUGUGACCAUGCCCAUAGCCAGAUAAAUGUGAACACUCUGGGGAGAGGAAGACAGAGACAGCGCAGAGGCCCGGAGCGAUGUGGAGCAGGUAAGUAUGAGUUUUCUGUUUCGGCAGGCUGGGGCAGUUGCUUAAAAAUCAUAAUUUUAAACGUGCUUUCCUGUCUUAUCCGUAGCUCUGGUCACUGAAAGAAGGUAAAGAAAUACAUUUCAUAUAGUUCACUGAAGUUGGUACUUUUUUUCUUAAAGACUCUUAGCACGGCCAUGCACUUUAGAUUGGUAGGUACAGUAGUUUGUUUGGUCAACCCUUAUCCAUCCCGGGAGAAGCUGUAAGAAUGAUAAAAAAACUAAUAAUAAAAAACAGGCCUCUUGAGGAAAAAGUGUCAGUAUUGCCUAUUCUAGCCCAUUUUCCAGUACAACGACUGAUCUGGUUGCUGUAGACCUCUCUGAUGCGUUGUCUGCCUAGCUGAGCAGUUGCUUAUAGCUUGUAUAUUAAUAUACAAAUGGCCUCUGAAGUAUGGAAUAUCUGAUUGGUUACCAUGGGCAUCUGCACUGCUUUUACUUGCAGUAGUUAUAGGGGUUGUCUCACUUCAGCAAAUGGAAUUUAUCAUGUAGAGAAAGUUAAUACAAGACACUUACUAAUGUAUUGUGAUUGUCCAUAUUGCCUCCUUUCCUGGCUUGAUUCAUUUUUCCAUUGCAUUAUACACUUCUGGUUUCCAUGGUUAUGACCACCCUACAAUCCAUCAGCAGUGAUUGUGUUUGCACACUAUAGGAAAAAAGCGCCAUCCUCUCUAGUAGCUGGUACCGUGAAAGCGUGCAUAGGACAGUGAUUUUUUUUUUUCUACUGUGUGCAAGCACGGCCAACAUUGCUGGAUUGCAGGGUGGUUGUAACCAUGGAAACAAGCAGUGUAUAAUGUGAUGGAAACAUGAAGCCAGCCAGCAAGGGAAGCAAUAUGGACAAGUACAGUACAUUGGUUAAGUGCCUUGUAUUAACUUUGUCUACAUGAUAAAUGCCACUUGCUGAAGCGAGACAACCCUUUAAAAUCUGUUAUCUGUUUUUCCCAUCCUUGUUUUUUUUUCCUUUCUGACGUCAUACAGAUUGUUUUGUAGUGUGCAGAAAACUACCCCUAAAUAAAACAAAAUCCCACUCGCCUGUCCGUGUUCCCACCACUGCUCUAUUCCAUGCCACUUCCGGUCCCCGCAAGACCAGGAGGUGUCUUGGUCACAUGACCCCUGUGGCCAAUCACAGGCUUCAGUGGUCACAGCAGCUUGAACACUACGUCACAGCAGUGAUGUACCAUUCAAGCCACUGUGACCACUGUGAUUGGCCGCUGCAGUCACUGAAGCAUGCCGCUUUCUGGUCCUGCAGGGACCUGAAUCAGCCAGAAACAUGGCCAGGUAAGCUGGGGUUUUUUAUGUUUAGGAGGACUGGAAAACCCCCAGGGUUGUCGACAACAAUGUCGAACAACCCGUUUAACCGCCAUUUUAGUCAUUUUUUGCCAGUGCUGAAUAUUUAUUACAUUUAUCACUUUAGAAAUGGUAAUCUGAUGAAUGACUCAUUAGCAAUAUUAUCCUAUUUGUGCCUUUCCCCAUCUUGUAUUUUUCACAGCUAUAACUGGUUCCUUUCAUGUAGGCCGUGUCUUCUAGCCCAAUGAUGUCCUCCAUUUAACGUUUUCUUAUGGAACAUUUAGGGCAUAGAGGAAAUAUGGAAGCAUUAAAGAGCACCUGUCACAUGGAAAUGCAAUGUAAGCUACAGGCGGCAUGUUACAGAGCAGGAGGAGCUGAGCAGAUUGGUGUAGAUUUUCUUGGGAAAAGAUUCAGUGCUGCUCCAUCUGGGC